AUGGCCACCGUCGCACUCGACACCGUCUUACUCGACGAAGAGCCUACAGCAGAUCAGGUCCUUACUGCAGUCCUCGUGCUCAUGGACUUCGUGGCAUACGCCGGCGCCGCCGCUAUGCUCUGGAUCAACCGUGAAUUUCUGAUGCUGCACGGCACCAACGCUGUCACCCUCCCAAUCGCCACCGCCAUCUUUGUCGUCACCAUCAAUUUUGUCCGCGGCCUGCUCAUCGCCGCCCGCUUUCUCACAGCCUACGCAUGCAAAGGGUACACUGCCUCUUGCGCUCUCGCGGCGGCUUGCGUGGCUCGCGUCAAGACUUGGGUCGCCUUCGGAUCUGAGUCGCACCAACGCUCCGUCAAAAGCUCCGUCUGUGAUGUCCACAUGGCACCCCGGGGAGAAGCUUCCCUCGAGGGGGGCGAGCUUUCGACGAGCCGUUUUGCCGGCUCAAUCGAGAUCAGUUUGAACGACAACUCGCUUGAGACAGAGGAAGACGUUGCCGCCAUCGCCGCUCAGCUAGCCGCCGCCGGCUUCGAUGAGAUCGAGCACUCCUCUGGCGUCGCCAUCCCUCGCCCUUCCGAGGAUUGCACCGAACCUUCGUGGCUCAUCGAGGCCGAGCGCAUCCUCUUCGAGACAUCCGCAUUCGCGUCAAAUCUCGAGGGUUCUGCCUUCGAGCGGGCCGAUGACGUCCCGGAUAUCGCCGCGGAUCACGUGUCCCUGCUCGGCUCCACAUCGCCGUCACCAUCUACCCCGCCCGACAAGAGGCGCGAGACGAGCGACGUCAACCGCACCGCCGAGCUCGUCACCAGUGGCGUCUGUGACAUCUCCGGGCCGCCACCUCGCGUCAGCACCGAGUGGUCUGUCCCGAGCCUACACGGAGACCUCUGGAUUUUCACUGUCCUGCUCGUCGUCGCCACCAUCCCUUUCGCCGUCGCCGUUUCUGGACCGGUCCCUGCGAGCAUGCCGCUGCCCGACGCCAUCUCCAUCGACGUGCCACUGCCCGACACCAUCUCCAUCAACGGCGCCUGCCAUUUCGCGCUCACCGGCCCCUCUGCAUCAGCACGGCCUCCAGGAAGGCCGCCAGGAAACCAGCCGUCCAUCAACAACUUCAUCGCCGGCGCCGAGACACGGCGCAACUCAACUUCAAAUUCAACUUCAAAUUCAAAUCUCCCACCCUGCCCCAGCCCAAAACAAAGGCGUCGCGAUCUACGGUACAUCCCCGACGCCUUCAGCAUCGACGUCGUGCCUUUCUGGUCCUUUACCAUCCUUCAGCCAGCCAACCUCCGGCUCUGA